UAAAAAUUCUAAGUCUCUUGUAUUUAUCCUGUGUAAACGUUUUUUUUAAAAAUACUUUUAAAAAAAUUAAAAAUGUUGAAAUUAAACGAAUGAAUACGUAUUUAAAAACAUGUCAGGAUUAAUCCUGAAAAUAUUUAAUGUAUUAAAAAUUUAUAAAAUGAAUUAAAUGUUUUAAAAGUAAAUUGAAUAUUUUUUUAAAUCAAUUUAUUUUUUCCAUUUAAAAUGACAGAUAUUUUGACUGUUUUUAAUGAAAAAAAAAGGAUGAAACAACUCCUAAUACCUUCGAUUUUGUUGAUUUGCAUUAUUACUGUCUGUAAGUAUAUAUUGUUAUUAAUUUUUUUUCAUAUAAUUGUUUUAUGAAAUUUGCUGUACUUAAACAUAUUUUCAGAUUGAAAGGACUUGUUCGUUUGUUCGUUUUUUUUAAUGAAAACAAGGGAUUUUAUGCUUUUUAUUAUAUGUAGAUUUUUUUAUAUUCACAAAUAUAUGUGUUUCUUUUCUUCUCGCAGCUUUUACUUUUGCUCAAAAGAUAACUCUGCAUGAAUUCAAUCAAAGUGAAAGUCUUACAUCAUGUACACAGGGUCUGAUUAGUGGAAUGGAUUCUUUUGUAUUUAAAAGUGAAGUUGAUAUUGCAGAUGACCCAAAUUCGACAACUAUAUUCUACCAAAUUAAGAAACAGCAGGAUCAGCGAUACAAAAGUGUAUGCAAAAAAAAGAACAAAAAAAAAAAAUACAUAAAUGCAUAGCUUAACAUCAUAUUUAAUGAUAUUUGAACAUUUAUAUAUGUAUAUAUGUAUAUUAAAGUGCUUUACAGCAAAGUGAAGAAAACUGAUGUCAGCGAUAAAAAAGGUUAUGCAAAAAAAAAAACAAAAAAAAAAAAAAACAUAAAUGCAUAGCUUAACAUCAUAUUUAAUGAUAUUUGAACAUUUAUAUAUGUAUAUAUGUAUAUUAAAGUGCUUUACAGCAAAGUGAAGAAAACUGAUGAAAAAAUUACUUAAAUUUCAUUGGUUUCCUUCUCCAUCCAUAACCUAAUAAAUUAAACUUUCUUUUUAAACAAAGUAAGUUAUGUAAAGUAUCCUGUAUUGGUAUUCCCAUUUACAGGUAGAUAAAAUGCUUAACGUUUCUUCAUUACAAGCUAAUAUACUAAUAUUUAAAUUUGUAUAGUGUUGUUAAUUUAAAUAUACCACUGAGCAUUCCUAUUAACUAAAAUUGCAUGUUAACAACAUAACAUUUCGUCCUGCACAUUUGACAAGCUAAUUUAAUAGAGACUAAGAUAUGUUUACUUGUACAUUCUUGUUUUGCCGCCAGAGUUACUAGAAAGUAUUGCUUUGGCAUUUGAAUUUCUUUGAAUUUAUAUAUCAUGAGUUUUCCAUAAAAACAUUUUAUGUUUUAUAUUUAAAAUUGUAAACAAGAUAAAUAUUUAAAAGACACUGUUAAACAUUUUGUUGUUUGGCAUUCUAAAGCUGUAUUGAUAUAUAAAUGGUAAUGCUAGUGUAAUCAAGUUGUAAAUUGUACAAAUAAAUGAUAAUAAUAUAUGACAUUAGUAAUUUAAAAUUUUAGUUAUUUAUCUUAUUUAUAUUAUAUUUUACAAUAUUGAUUGUUCCAUGCAAAAUAGUGACAAAUGAAUUUGAUUUUAGCAAUAAAAAAAAAGUCAUUAAAUCAAUUAAACCACGGCAAAAAAGAAUCCUCUUAAAUGAUAAAAAGAAAGAAUGCAUUUUUUUUUACAAAAUUUAAUUCAUAAGUUAUGUUCAUAAUUUAAAAAAAAAAUUAAUAAAACAAUUUUUUUUUAUUUUCAGAUAUGUAAUAUAAAUAUCAUAAAGGAAUGCAAUGGUAUAUAUAACCAUAAAAUGUGUCAAUGUUACAAAAUCUCCAAUACUUUUCUGGUAAUCAACAUAAAUUUUAAGGCUAAUUUUAGUCUGAAUGGAGCUUUGAUAAAAGGAACAGUGGUACGAUCAAUUGAUCAUGAGCCAGUUCGCAGUAAAGAGCAGACUUUUCCUGCCAUUUAUGGUAAAAAAUAAGUAUUUUACAAAAAAUCUUUAUCUUCUUUGAAAAUUCUAAUUUCUUUCAAUUGCUUAAGUUAAAUCUUUACUCCAUAAUUAUGUGGCAUUUCUUUUAACUCUUUACUAUUGAAAAAAUAAAGUAAUAAUGAAAACAAUAAACCAACCUACACAGUGCUGUUAUGGUGCAUUUACAUUCUCUCAGCUAAAAGAAAAUUAAGGAUCUUUUUUAAAUAAAAUGUUUAACUAAAAUCGAUAAACAUAAUUGUAUUCAUGUUCUGUUAUUUAAUUUUCAAAAAUUAUUUAUGCACAAAAAUGAAAAUAAGAUCAAAUAAAAAAAAAAACAGAAAAAAAAAAGAAAAAAAAAAAAAAAAAAAAACAAAUAAAAAAAACAAAAAAAAUUUUUUAAAUAAAAUGUUUAACUAAAAUCGAUAAACAUAAUUGUAUUCAUGUUCUGUUAUUUAAUUUUCAAAAAUUAUUUAUGCAAAAAAAUGAAAAUAAGAUCAAAAAAAAAAAAAAACAGAAAAAAAAAAGAAAAAAAAAAAGAAAUAAAACCACUCUGAAAAUGCUUGAUAAGAUACAGCGAUCUUAGAAAGUGAAUUUUCGUCGCAACCAUUUAACGGCACAUAAUCCAUGCAUUAUUUGAAAGUGUGUCCUUUAAAAGAAUUAUUUUUUUUUUAACAUUAUCUUAAUUUCAAGAGUAGGCAAAUAAAAAAAAGGUUAAUCAAUACUGUUCAGAUCUAAUUCUUAAAUCGCAUCUCAUCUACUUGAUACAAAUAUAAAUUUUAGGUUUGUUGUCCACUUUAAAUUUAAUCAUCCUGUACAAACUAUUUAUUUUUACCUAAAAGAUUUUAAAUGUAUAAAAUUAUUUAAUUUUUCCUUCAAGCUUCAACUAACACAAAAUGGACGUUAAAGAUAAACAAUAAAGUUAUAGAAGGC